CCACCGUCGCCGUCGCCAUGACGCCGCUCGCCCGCUCGCUAGUUGCGUUCGCCGCGUUGCUCGCCGCCGCCGACGCCAGUUCUUCCUACGCCUCCGCCGACUCAAGUUCUUCCUACGUCUCCGCCGACUCAAAUCCUUUUUGCAACUCCGUGGCGACAGGCACCCAAUCCUCAUACGGCCAGCCGUGGCAGAGGCCUAGUUUUGUUUUCGAGCUUUUCGAACGCAGUGGCAAGGUUAACAUCCCUGAUAAGUGCAGCCGGUCCGGAAAAAAGUUAGUCGCUCAAUCCAUCUAUGGAUGCAGUAUACGCGGCCCUCCUGCCAUAUUCGUCGACGGACAGUUCUCUCCGGUCACGAUUACGUGCCCGAAUAUUGACGGCGGCUGCUCUUUGAAUAUUUCUCAGUUUUGUGAGUAG